ACUGAUUCAAUGAUCCAAAACCAAACCCAGCACUAGAUUCCGAUCGCAACGAAAACCACCAUGUUGCUCAGAAGAAGACUCACCUCCCUCCUCUCCACCUCCAUCGUCUCCCCCAGACCCACUCUUACUCUCACUCCCUCUCCCUCUUCCCAAUCCUCCCUACGUUUCCUUCCUCACUCCUCCAACCCUAACCCUAGCUUCAGCGCCAAUGGCAAAGCCUCAGCCUUGGGGUUUGUUCAGGGAGUGAGGGCGUACAGCAGUCUGCUGAGCCUGAACGAUCUGAGACCCAGAGUGCCGAGGAAGCAGAAGACCAGGAAAGGCCGUGGGAUUGGGUCCGGGAAAGGAAAGACGGCGGGGAGAGGACACAAGGGUCAGAAGGCCAGGGGCUCCGGGAAGCUGGGGUUUGAGGGAGGACAGACCCCGCUGCGACGUCGUUUGCCCAAGCGUGGGUUUAAGAACCCCUUUAGUCUCACUUUUCAGCCAGUAGGAUUAGGGAAGAUUGCCAAACUUAUAAAUGCAGGAAAGAUUGAUUCUUCAGAGUUGAUUACAAUGAAAACUCUCAAGGAUACAGGGGCAAUAGGGAAGCAGAUAAAAGAUGGAAUGAGAUUAAUGGGACGUGGUGCUGAACACAUCAAGUGGCCAAUUAAUCUGGAGGUAUCACGUGUCACUGUUAGGGCAAAGGCUGCAGUUGAAGCUGCAGGAGGGUCUGUUAGAAGAGUGUAUUACAACAAGUUAGGCUUUCGAGCUUUGCUCACACCUGAGUGGUUUGAAAAGAAGGGCAGAUUAUUGCCAAGAGCAGCUAGACCUCCGCCAAAACAGAAGGAUAAGGUUGAUAGCAUUGGCCGCUUGCCAGCCCCAACCAAACCUAUUCCAUUUUUUACUGAAGAAAAUGAGGCAGCCUCCAGUUCAUCUACUUGACAAAAGGAGCAAAUUCAGUUUGUUCACUCAGGAUAUUGUAUUGUUUAUUCCAGUUUCUUCAUCUAUGUUUGGCAUAAAUUGUCUUUUUGUAAGAUCAGUUUUUUGUUGCAAGAUGUAGUCAUCUCAGAGGAUCAAUGCAAUGAGGAAAACUUUUCACGCUAUUGCUUCAGCUUUUUCUUUGGUGGAAGA